ACAACAGAGCUCAGCUGUACGCCCCUGUCGAUCAGACCAUGAAGAUCAGCAUCAAUGCAGAGGCAAAUAUGUCCACGAUUUCCGAUCUGCUGUUUAGCGGGCCGUACAAUAUAAACAAGACUACAUUGGGAGCUGGACAGUACAUCCUGAGUUGGACGCCGUCUGAAAACCAAACCGGAGAAAGCCACCCCAUCUGUUUUGUUGUCCAGGCAGUUCUCAAGUCAGUCAUUUUUCACAUGAACUUUACCUUGAAGCAUAUGGACAAACUAUAGAAAUACCUAAAAUUAAAAACUAUGAACUGUAUUUCCUCUGGCAAAGGUCAUUCAGUCAUUAAUACAUAUAUCCAGGUAUAAUCUACCGUAAAACUUUGAUUAAUAGCCCAGGCUUUUAUUUGCUAAAAUCACUGAAUUGACCAUGCCUUUAUUUGGGAAAUGCGUCCAUAUGGGACAGGCCUUUAAUUCCGAUCUAAGCUGCUUAGAAGCAGCUAAAGCAGGCAACCCUGCAGGGUAAGAGGUGUUCCUACACCAGGCCAGUAUACGGGGUAGGCGGUUAUUUGGGACUCUGCUAUUAAUUAAAAUUUAACGGUAGUCAGUUUAAUGAAAGACAGGAGUUUUACAUUUCCUGAAUGUGAACGGGGAAUGUAAUCAGUUGACGGAGUUGAAUCAUAUGAAUCAUAUUUUUAGUUUUUUCGUAAAAAUACACUCUUAACAUUACGUCUGUGUGAUCUCAGAUAUCAGUCCUUUAGGAAUGAGUUGAAAAUCAAAUUUGUGCACAUAUUUGUCAAACUAUUCCUUUAAAACAGAGUAGGGCUUACUUUCGCGAGAGUUGUGUUCCAUCUACAGUAGCAUCAAAGUGAAUAAUACCUUGUUGAGAACUGUAUGUAUAGAUGUAUACUUAAUAUCUGUACCGGUUUCUACAUAAGAAUUUGUGGGGAUAUAAUGUGACCAUGUGUAGAUUGUGUUGAUGUGUGCUUUAUUUGAGACGAUUACACAUGCAGGCUGUGAAAAAAAAUGUCAUCCUUAAGCUAGAAAGACUUUCUAUCUUGAAAUAUAUGAAAAUAAUUUAUGACAUAAUAUUGAUAUAUUUCCACAGUACAGUCAAGUAUCAAUCGGAGCUACGAUGUGUCAUUGUGAAUGUUGGAUACAACUCAACAACUACACCAGCACCCACAACACCCGUCACUACACCAACUAUAACAACCACACAAACUACAACCACCAUUUCCUUAACAACCACCCCACUGACCACAACCACCACUGCACCAACUACAACCACCAUUCCCUCAACAACUACACCACUAACUACAACCACUACUACACCAGCUACAACAACCACACAAACAACAACCACCCUUCCCUCAACAACUACACCACUAACUACAACCACUACUACACCAGCUACAACAACCACACAAACUACAAACACCAUUCUUUCAACAACUACCAGAACAUCUGGAACCACAAUCUGGAACCCAAAUUAGAGAUAAACUGCCAUCAGCCAUCACUCUACACCUGUUGAGUAAUGAAAAACUGAACUCUACAACCACAGCAACCCCUGCUUGUUCACCUUGAACAUUUAAAAAAAGGAAAUGUUUUUGCUGCGUUUGAUUUUAUGUCCAAUAUGUACUUGUCUAUUUAUAUUAAAGCCAAUUGCAAAAACAAAUUGUCUUUAAUAGAAUGAAGCUUAAGUGACUUUAAAAUGUCAACUAAAUUUAAGGCAAAUGACUGUGGUUUGACACAAGUACUUUAUCCCCAUUGUAUUACAUUUAUUUAUUGAUCUUCAUGAAGUUCAUCAAGUUAUUGAACCCUUUGUCUAGGAUUAAAAGUUGUACAGUCAUCAGAUCUGUUGAGAACAGGCAGGGACAUGACAUGUGCAGUUUAUGCAGGUAUGUGCAAAAUAUUGACCAAGGUAUGUGCAAAGGUUAGCGUACUUACGAUAAGACUAGGGAAAUAUCACAACCUCUUCUUCUAAUGAUUUGAAAAAUAGCCAGCACCAGCAUCUUAUGAGUCUUUGCAUAUUAGAACAUUAGAUUAAGGUGGUUUGUAACGUGGGAUCUUUUUUGACAAAAAUUGUUUAGAUUUUAUUCAUAGCUGAGAAUCUCAUGUGUAUGGGAUAGCUUUCUUUUUUAUUUUGGUUCAAUGUUGAUAGGUUGUACCGCUUUUAUAUGUGUUAUUUAAAUUAUUAUUUUCUGUUUGUAUUUACAGUUUUCUAUCACGUUUCAUUUAGAGUAAAUACUCAAAAUGUUGUGACGUUAUGAGUUAAAAAAAUAUUUAUAAUAAUUUACAUUUAGCUGACGCUUUUAUCCAAAACAACUUACAAUUGCUAUACAUGUCAGAGGUCGCACACCUCUAGAGCAACGAGGGGUUAAGUGUCUUGCUCAGGGACACAGUGAGGGAUUGAACCCAGGUCUCUCACAGCAAAGGGAGGCGUCAUAUCCAUUGUGCCAUCACCACCAGCCGUCCGUGUCGUCAUAUUCAAUAUGUCGAUCAUGUUUUGUACGGAAAGUCAAACUGCUACUAUUGUAUUUUUAUCGUACAUACAGUAGUUAAAUAAAUGUAAAAAUAGAUCUCAGUCAUGACAACAGUUACUCACAUAAUUACAAUGUCUUUAGUUAUUGUACCAUCAAAAUAAAAGUGCGAGAAAGUUUUUUGCAGCAAUGUUUUAUUUCGAGUUAAAUUGAGAGCUUUUAUUUUUAAAAGUUCUGAAAGACAUUCAAAUGAGUUUUUGCAUCUGCAGAAAGUGCACAGACUCUCCUUGCCACUGUGUUAGCAGUAAGCUGUACAUAAGCAAUAACAGGCAUAGUCUGAAUAAAGUUUCGGCCAUAACCUUCAUUGCUUCCUCAACCAUUCUGCCAUCGGUGAACAGCUUCUUGUGCAUGGUUAGGAUGUGCGCCACGUAAAACGAUGCCUCCGUUGCUACCUUGCCUGUCUUCAUAUGAUUUGUGAAUAGAGAUUGCUGUUUCUUUCUGUUGAUUUCAGCUUGUUCAUCUUUUCCAUCUGCAGU